AUGACAACUAGAAAAAGAAGGGAGAGUAUACAGAGAGUGAUUGUUGUUCUACAAGGUGAAAAAGUCGCCACCGAGAAUACAGGCAUCGCGCCGCUGUGGAGGGCGUCAAAAUAUGUGACUAAUACGGAGGAUGAAAUUUUAGUUCUCACCCUCCUCUCCUGGGAUGGAUCCGGACCGUCUUCUAGUAAAGGCUUUCACGGAGAACACCGGUGUAAUUAUGCAAGUGAAGAAGAUCCGUAUAUCAGGUUCCUUCGCCAAGAGAUCAGCCAAAGGAAGGAGGAUUACAGGCGAAUUUGCAGGCCUUUUUAUGAAAGAUGCAAAAGCAAUGGAGUUAAGUUUCUGGUAAAGAUUGCAGUAGGCUUCCAACCAAAGGAUAUCAUAAGCGAAGAGGCAAACAAUGUUGGAGCUACUUGGAUUAUCAUAGAUAGUUCCAUUGCAAGACACUUGACUUUCUGGCUGAAUGGCAUUGAAUGUAAUGUAUCAUUGGUGAGUGAUGAGGAAGAGGCCUUGGUUCACGAUCACUUGCUAGCAAAGGAUGAGAUAGAGAGCUCUAUGCUUAUGGAAGUAACCCAUAAUCGCAAGUCUCCAAAGCUGAUGAAGGGAUCAAUAUCAAAAGAGGAACAGUCCAUUUGUCACUGGCCAAGCACAAGUGGAGAAAUUGAACAGGAAACAAUAUGUGAGCCACUCAUUGAAAACAAAACUCCAGGACUCGUUGAGCCCACUGGAACAAGUGAUGUUCCAUACAGUUACUUUAGCGCAAGAGUUUCUGAGGUUGAUUUUAUGGUAGAAAGGCCAAAGCAGCUAAGCUGGGAAGUGCCUGUAUUUGUUAAGGAGUUGGCGGCAUAUUCUAGAGGCAUUCUGGAAGCAGAAAUGAGAGCGGCCUUGUCUAUGUACCAUAAGAACAUAAUGGUUCUUACAGGCCCGGAAAGAAGGGAAUUAAAAUUUCAAGCUAGACUGAAGAUUGCCAUAGGUAUAGCACAAGGUGUUCGAUACAUGCAUGAAGAAUGUCGACAAGGGCCCGUUGUCCAUGGUGAAUUGCAGCCCCGCAACAUUUUUCUACGGCCUGAUUUGCAGCCCAUGAUUUCUGGCUUUGGAAAGGCUAGAUGGCUUCAUUAUGAACAAGUAUCAUCAAACUCCAAGAAUAUGUACUUUCUCAUGGAUCCUUUAGGCCAUGAAUCUAUGGCAAUGGUGAAAAGCGAUGUCCUAUCAUUUGGAGUUCUGCUCUUGAGACUGUUUUGCCGAACAUCAGCCCCUGAGGAUGACAAAAGUAUAAUUGAGUGGGCCCGGCCAUUGAUGGUGAAAAGAAAAUUCCAUGAGCUAUUGGAGGAAGACUCAGACUUCUCGGACAUGCAUGGGAUUUACAGAGUGAUGGCUGCUGCAACUGCAUGUACGAGGACUGAGCCAAUUUCUCGACCCCAUAUGGCUCAGGUAAUCCGCCUUCUUAAAGGAGAGCAGCUCUGUGACAUGCAAUGUUGGGAGUAA